CCCCUAUUCAACCAUAGAGUACCGGAAGAAGCCCGCGCAGAGGGGACCCAAGCGGGUAAAAGCCGCUGGGCUGCGGGGUGGUGGGUCCCGAAAUGACGACUUUAGUGCUGGAUAACGGAGCCUACAACGCCAAAAUCGGUUACAGCCAUGACAGUGUCUCGGUUAUUCCCAAUUGUCAGUUCAGAUCAAAAACAGCGCGUCUUAAAACCUUUACUGCUAACCAGAUUGAUGAAAUAAAAGACCCUUCAGGACUCUUUUACAUUCUUCCUUUUCAAAAGGGCUACUUGGUGAAUUGGGACGUCCAGCGACAAGUUUGGGAUUAUCUUUUUGGAAAAGAGAUGUAUCAGGUUGAUUUUUUAGAUACUAAUAUCAUUAUAACAGAACCGUAUUUUAACUUCACUUCAAUUCAAGAAUCAAUGAAUGAAAUUCUAUUUGAAGAAUAUCAGUUCCAAGCAGUAUUAAGAGUAAAUGCUGGUGCUCUCAGUGCACACAGAUACUUCCGAGAUAAUCCUUCUGAGUUAUGCUGCAUCAUUGUAGACAGUGGUUACUCCUUCACACACAUCGUUCCUUACUGUCGAAGUAAAAAGAAAAAGGAAGCAAUUAUUCGGAUAAACGUGGGUGGAAAACUCUUAACGAACCAUCUAAAAGAGAUCAUAUCCUACAGGCAGCUGCAUGUUAUGGAUGAAACUCACGUGAUUAAUCAAGUGAAAGAAGACGUUUGCUAUGUGUCUCAGGAUUUUUACAGAGACAUGGAUAUCGCAAAGCUAAAAGGAGAAGAUAAUACAGUGAUGAUUGACUAUGUUUUACCUGACUUCAGUACAAUUAAAAAGGGCUUUUGUAAGCCGAGAGAAGAGAUGGUGCUGAGCGGGAAGUACAAGUCUGGGGAACAGAUCCUUCGUCUUGCCAACGAGAGGUUUGCUGUUCCCGAGAUCCUCUUCAACCCUUCUGACAUCGGCAUUCAGGAGAUGGGGAUCCCAGAGGCGAUUGUCUAUUCAAUCCAGAACCUACCCGAAGAAAUGCAGCCACACUUCUUUAAGAACAUUGUCUUGACGGGAGGAAAUUCACUUUUCCCGGGAUUCAGAGAUCGGGUGUACUCAGAAGUCCGCUGUCUGACACCAACAGAUUAUGAUGUUUCUGUCGUGCUGCCUGAAAACCCUAUUACUUACUCCUGGGAAGGUGGAAAAUUGAUAUCAGAAAAUGAUGACUUUGAAGAUAUGGUGGUUACAAGAGAAGAUUAUGAAGAAAACGGACACAGUGUCUGUGAAGAGAAAUUUGAUAUUUAAGAAACAUUUCUGAGUGAAAGUCUUACGUUAAUUUCAAAGUUCCUUUUAAAGGAGGUUAUGGACUGUGUUACUUUUCAUCGUAAGAUAGUCUUCAACUUAUAUAAAUAUUCUGAGUCAUGGCUGAUGUUCACAUUACAGGUGUCUUAGGUAGGUGGUUAUUGUAUUAUAGUAAAGCGUGGUUCAGCCCACAUUUCAGUAGACUACUCCAACAGUGCUUACACUGUGUCUGAGAAUAGAUUGUUUGUCGUGAGAAAGUGAAGAGUGUUUCAUUCUUCAUCCUUGAAAACAGAUUUAAAUCUCUCACCAGCCAAUUUUGCCUAGAAGAUCCUUUGUAAAGUAGUUUUGACUGUGAUUGGCUGAAGUGAUUGCAGACUGGUAAGAUUCUGCUCUUAGAACUAAGUUGUUGUUGUUGUUUUUAAUAUUGACUGUGUGUGUGUGUGUGUGUGUGUG